GUGGGGCUCAAUACCCUCGGUGGGAGUGUAGGCGUCAUAUUGGGACACGGCGUCCCAAGGGCCAUUAGGAUGGGGAAGAGCUCAUGUUCGUUCUGCAGAAAACGAAAGACCGUGACAUUGGUAUCCUUGUGACUGUCUUCAACAAGCAAAUGGCUAGCAAAUUCAAUCCAUAUCAACGCCGAAAAACCCCAAUCCGUGAUUUAUACACAGCCCAAAGGCGACUUACACCCGACGAGGACGACCCUACGCCGAGCGAGUUUGAAGUUGUCAAUCAUGAUGGGAUUGAAGAUGCACCAAGCAAGUUCGAAGUCUGUGACAUUGCCACGGCAUGGAAGGACUUUGUAACCAACUCUCCGAUAGUUGGAUGGCUCGCAACACACCUUGUUUUGCACAACACGAGGUCUGAAGUGUACAAGGUUUUAGACAGGCUUCUCGACGAGCAAACCGUACCUGAAAUUCGCGCAAUGGCAGGGCUGGACCAAACCUCCAAAGACUCACAUGAUAGAUACUUGUAUCCGCUACGUGAGACGCCGCCGCUUAUUCGUCAUGAACAAGGUUUCAAGAAAAGCUCAAAUUUCAUCUUCUCGCUAAAUAACCGGUGGGAAGACUUUAUUGUGGGGGGCGAGGAUAUCUGCAUGUGCAGCUGCAUCUUCUCAGCACUUGUUACAGCGCAAGUUCCCCCGUAUACUUUCCCUUGCUCGUUAACAUAUCAAAAUUUUAGGUUCAUUGGCGUAUAUCAUGUUGCUCUUUAUAUCGAUCCGUGGGAACCUUCGGCCUUUCCUCAUUUUCUUGUUGGUUGGUCCACGGUCUUUGCUUUAAACGGAGUGGCUUCCUCGCUCGCGAUUUGGCCUACAUAUAGAGGUAUGGAGAAAUUUUUGUACGCGGUCGAAUGGCCGUUUAAAAUUCAACCAAAAAAUCCCGCUUUUAGAGGAUUGUGGUGGGGAGUUGACCUACUUGAUUUGCCAGCUUUCUGGGUGACGUGGUCCUGGAUUUUUGGUGUGACAGGCAUGAUAUUCUUACCCCUGUGUGAAUGGCUACUCUCAGUUUCCAGGCCAGACACCCCCCCACCACAAUCGACAGACCCGACUUUAUUGAAUGUCAUUUUCCCUAUCAUCAACCGAUGGCUCAUAUAUCUCUGUGUGGCUUUCAACCUUGCGCAUGUCCAUUGUACCUUGUCCACGCUGAAUGGUGACUUUCGCGACAUGCGGAAUUCUUGGGAGCGCAGAAAGGAUCGAAUGGAGGCCGGAGAGGACCCAUUUGGAUCACCAUCCACUUCCAGCAAGUGA